UGGUUCUUAAUACUUUUAUAAGAACUACCGAGUGCGUCUAGACAUAAUACAGCUUGUUCUCCAAGGUAUGAAAACCUAUCCAAAAGUAUUAGGCAUUCAGAUGGCAGCAACAGCUUGUUUAUAUAAUUUGACCAAAUUUGGAUUAAGUUCAAUGAUUCACACCAGCAUGCUAAAACAAAUAGUAGAUUAUACACUUGUAGCAAUGGAGAAUUUUCCAAAGCAGCAACAACUACAGAAGAACACCUUGCUUACUCUUUGCAGUGACAGAAUGUUGGUGGAUGUUUCCUUCGACAGAUACCAUUGUGCAGAGCUAGUUAUGAAUUCUUUAAUGGCCUUUGAUGAUCCAGCCAUGAAUCGGAUGUCAGUUGCUAUAUGUUCAAUUUUAGCUGCUAGGAUUUCGACUGUUGAAACUUCAAAUUUAGGUGAGAAAUCUGCAUAUAUGAUUCGAUUAUUAGAUAUUGUGAAAUCUAAAGCUGAUCAUGGAGAAAUAGAUAUCAUGAUGAAGUUCACUUUGAGUGCAUUAUGGAAUUUAACAGAUGAGUCUCCACGUACAUGCAGUGUUUUUUUGGAAUCUGGUGGUAUGGAGCUUUUCCUUGAUGUUCUCAGGAAAUUUCCUGGUGAGAGUGCUGUUGAAACAAAAGUACUAGGUCUUAUGAAUAACAUUGCUGAAGUAAACUAUUUAAGAGAGCAAUUGAUGCAUGAGGAUUUUAUUUCAGUUCUGAAGGAGCUGUUACACUCUGAACAUAUUGACGUUAGCUACUUUGCUGCUGGCAUUAUUGCACAUUUAGCUAGCGAAGGAGAAAAUUUCUGGAAUUGCAACUGCAUUUCAUGGAAUGAUGUGAUUUUAGAGCUAGGUUCUACCAUUGCUUGUUGGAGUGUGCCAGAAACGGAAAUGGUAGCUUACAGGUCUUUUAAUCCCUUCUAUCCACUUUUCUCAUGUUCCAAUGCUUAUCAGGUACAACUUUGGGCAGCAUGGGCAAUUUAUCAUGUGUGCCUAAAAAAUUCUAAAAGAUAUUGCAAAAUGAUUAUAGAAGAUGGUGGAGCACAAAUUCUGAAAAAUUUACUAAGAGAUCCUGAACUUCAUCCAUCAGUAGCAGAUAUAUGUAAAGAAAUACUUCGUAUUGUAAAAGAAGAGUGUCCAAAUAUGAUAAAUACAUCUCUAUGAUCAGGUUUAUUACAAGUGCCAUUUGAUCUUAGUGUAUUGUUAUUUUAAUUUGUAAUUUGCUCUCUUAUAAGUCAUCAAACUGCUGUGAUAUAAAUGCUUUUAGAGUAAUACUGUUAUUAACCCUUUGCUACAGGUAUGUAUUUGGAUGAUGUUCUAUUUAAAAUGCCGGCUAUUUCCUAAAUUUGUAUUUACUAUUAAUAAUUGCAUUUUUCAUUGAGCAUUGAGAAUUUUUAAAAACUGAUUUAAUAUAUAAAAUACAAUUUCCACAUGCACUGUUGUACAGAAUAAACACGACAACCAUCAGAAAUUGCAGGACCUGUAUGCAGAGGGUUACUGUCUUUAUAUGAAGUAUUGUUCCAUUUGUAAUUCCAUUUAUUACUUUUUUUCCUUGCGUUGCUUAAAAUUUUCUGAUGAACUGCAAAACUUAAAUUUAAAUGAUACAAAAACUUGGGAGGAGGGUUGCUGAUGCCAGUAGGUUUUCCAGUCAUUUAAAAAAAAUCUGAAAGUUUUCAGAUUUUAAAUUAUGUCUAGAGGGGCAAUUUUAACACCUUUAUAUAUUAAAUAUCAUGUUCUUUGCACUUAAACCAUAAAAUUCAGUUCAAGAGCAAU